UCCUGUCUGUCAGCUCUGACUCCGGACUUGCUAGGGUACAAGCUCCAUAGCAACCGGCUCCCCGCAGAGAAAAAAGUAGCGAUUUUAAUGUUCAUAUAUUUAACCUGAUGAGGAAGAAGAAGAUGAUGAGGGGCCCCUUCCUUCCAUCGAGGCCGGAUACAGAAACGUUCCCAUGAGGUAAAAAUGCCAGCGACUAAAGUCAUCAAGCCGAAACCUGUGGAUGCAGCGAGGAAUCCCCGGGAGAGGCCAAAACCGGAGCCGACCAAAGCGGCCCGAGAGCCGCAGGGCGAGCUCCGAGUUCCCGCUGCGCGGAAAAGCCGCGCCGCCAGCUGCCCGAGGAACCCACAGCGGGAGAGGCCGGCCGGAGGGGCGCAGGGGUCAUCCUCCAAAUCAGGGUGCGAGAAGAGAGCCAGGUCCACCUCCACUGCUCCAAAACCUCCCGAGAACUGGCCCAAAGCGGAGCCGGACUGCAGGAGGGCGAACAUGAAACACGCCGCUGCGGAGCCCAAAUAUCAGCGGGAGGAGAUGGAGCAGAGGGGGGUCCGAGCUGAGGCCAAGUACGCAACAAGUCACAGUCACAAAGCUUUCACCGUCAUCCCCCCGAACCCCAAGAAAAGAAGAGAGAUCCAGAAAAAGGCUGAGGCGGAGCUCGCCGCCUUAGAGGAGCUGCGUCUGAGCCGGGCGAUGGCGUACGUGUCCAUUAACCCCAGCAGUGUCGGUGGCUGCAUGAGUCUGGAGGAAGUACGCUCAAAGCAGCAGCAGGAAAUGAUGCAAGCAAAGAGGAAGCAGAAACCGGUGAAGAAGCCGGUGUUGGAGGAAACGUCUGUGCUGACAGGCUGAGCGUCUCGACUCCUCGCUGCAGCUGCUGGAUCACAUCGAGCAGUCGUAGUUAAAUGUGUAGCAGUGCUGUGUGUGUAAUCACUGCCAGCAUGUAGUGGUUUGUAUGUGGUUGUGUAGUCCUAUAAAGGCUUUGUGUGUAUAUCUGUGGUCAGAUUAGCCCGACGCUCCAGAAGAAGAAGCUUCACUAACAUGUCUGAUUGGGAGCUCUCAGGUUUCUGCCUUCACGUCACUAAAAUGAAGCUCAGGGAUUUUUAUUCAUGCAGCUCAAACUAUGCAGCCAUUUCUGGCCUGAAUGUAAUAAAUAUAAUAUUUUUGUGCUAAAGCUCCGAGGUCAGUUCAAAUCCUUCACUUCAUGUUUUUGGGAAAUUCCAGCAGGAAUGACCUUUGAAGUUUCUAUGCAGCAUUUUAUCGUUGCUUCUAUGAUUCACUUUGUUUUAUUUGUUUUCAUUAAACG